AUGGAGGCAAAAACAGGCUUUUUCUAUUUUCGUGAGAUAUUUGGAAUCGUUACCUCUGUUGUCACGAUAGGAACCGCAGCGCCGAUUAUAAUUUUUAUGUAUCUCGAAAAUCCUACAAUUUUUAACGAUCUAGAAACGUCUUGCUCCCUCAAAGGAAGUUUUGCCUUAUUCUGCCUGGCGGCUUGUUUGGAGGUCUUCCUCAUAUUGCUGAAAUCCUCUUGUUUUGGCUUUGUUAUUCUUUGCAAGGGACGGUGUCGAAUAAAUUGCUACCAUCUAAUUGUUUUGCUGCAUUUUACGUCUUGUAUGUUUCUUUUUGUUGGGAUAACUGUGUUUGCCGUUAAGCUGAAUCCCAAUGUCUGGUACUGGAACCUCUGUACAGUAUCUGCCUUCCUUUCUAUGACCAACUGCUUCGUGGCCUGUAUAUUUCAGAGGGAGUACCGGAGAUUACGUCGAGAGAAAAUGGCGAACUCUAGACUGAUGAAAAAGAUGAGAGGCAUGCUAGGGUCGGCCGAAAAUAUGAUUGAGGGGAAACAAGAGCAUCAACAUUCUAUGAAAGGAAAUGAAUUAAAGACAGAAAAUGAGAAUUUAUUGGGUGUGAAGGAAAUAACUGGAGGCAAUAAUACAGGGUUUAUGUCCCUAAAACAAACUUUGAACGGGAUACAAAUGCAGGACUUGAAAAAAAUUGCAAUAUAA